GAAAAUAGAUAAUAAAGACGUAAAAUGGGAAUGCUGCACAAUUUGUCCGAUUUGAUAAAGGUGAAGCGAGAUAAAAUGACAAUAUUAGUAUUAGGCCUAAACAACAGUGGUAAAUCGACAAUAAUAAAUCAUUUCAAGAAAUCCAACGAACAGUCCGCGAUAAUGGUGCCAACAGUUGGAUUUCUAAUCGAACAAUUUUACAGUAAGCAUCUAAAUUUGAUAUAUAAAAUUAAUACUUAUAAAUAUAUAUUUUCUAUAGCCAUGGGCGUUAGCAUCAAGGCAAUAGAUAUGUCCGGUGCGACGAGAUAUCGAAAUUUGUGGGAACAUCAAUUCAAGAAUUGUCAGGGGAUUAUCUAUGUAAUUGACUCCAGUGAUCGGAUGCGAUUUGUGGUUGUCAAAGAUGAAUUGGAUCUGGUGCUACAACAUCCCGAUCUUUGUAAUCGCAUAGUGCCCAUACUUUUCUAUGGCAACAAAUCGGAUCUUGACGAUUCGCUUUCGAAUGUUAAAAUUGCGGCAGCUCUGGGUCUGGAGAACAUUAAAGAGAAACCGUGGCACAUUUGUUCGAGCAACGCAGUUUCUGGCGAAGGCUUGGACGAAGGCGUCCAGUGGCUGGUUCAACAAAUACGAUUCGCCAUAAUGAGCAACCGAAAGGGUGGCAAAUUGAAGUCAAGUCAAAAGAAUAAAUAUUAGAACAAUAUACAUUUCCAAAAUGUUACUAAGACUAACUGCAUUAAAUUGAUC